GGACAGAUUAGAGCAAAUCGAAUUGAUGAAAAUACCCAUAUAUACCCUCCCGACCCAAAACAAAUUAGAUAAAAUGGGUCGAGUCGAAAUGAUCAAUCUUCAAUCCCUAAUUUGAUUUGGCCUUUUGGUGUCACCUUCCUUCCUCCUCCCCUUCGACUUCUUAUUCUUAAAAGACGGGGUUUUUGUCCUCGUCCACACCAUUGAAGAAUCCGAACGGCCACACAGAGACGACAAAGGAACGGAAUCGGAGAACGGCGGAAACCUCCAUAUCUCCCUUUCCCUUUCCCGCCUCCUCAUCUCUCCACUCCUUUUCGCCUUUAUUGUUCCUUCCUCUUUUCCUUUCCUUCCUCUCUCUAAAUCCCCAAAUCCCUCUUUCCCCAAAAUACAUUUCCCUUUCGGCUCCAUCAUUAUUUCCGCCCAGCCCAAUCUCUCUCUCGUCGCCGGCCAAGCAGAGGAGCAGCUCCGGCGUUACCGAUCGGAUUCGUUUCCUCCCGCCGGCCGGUGGUCGCGGUUAACAUCCUCUUGAAUCUCGAUAUAACUCUCACGCGCGCGUCGGUCGUUAAAUGGUGAGCGGACAAGGAUGGAACGAGGAAAGAAAGCAGCAGCAGCAGGAAGCUGUGGUGCUGACGAAGCCGCUGAUGGUGGAAGGAGACUCCGACGUGGACUACCGGACGCCGAACCUCGUCCAGCGCAUCCUGAGCCUCUUCAAAAACGUCCGCCCUGGCUCCGACCUCACCGGCUUCCAGCGCGUGCAGCUGCCGCCGUCGUUCAACUACCCGAAGUCGCAGCUGCAGAUGUACGGGGAGUCGGUGUACUGCGCCGGGAAGGACAUGCUAGGUGAAUGCAGCAGCAGCGGCAAAGGUGACGCAUUGGAGAGGUUUACUCGGGUGGUCGGGUGGAGCAUUUCGACGAACCGGCCGGCCAUAUUUGGGGUGGCGCCGUACAACCCGGUUCUCGGCGAGACACACCACGUGUCCUCUCGCUCGCUCAACGUCCGGCUGGAGCAGGUCUCCCACCACCCUCCGGCCACCGCGCUCCACGCCACCGAUCGGAUUCGCGGCAUCGACAUGCUCUGGUUCCACCGCCCCAUCCCCAGGUUCCACGGGACGAGGGUGGAAGUGGAAGUGCAAGGGAAGAGGAGGCUGAAGCUCGUCGAACACGGCGAAACCUACGUCAUGAACUCUCCCAACCUAACGAUCAAGUUCAUCCCGCCGUCCGUCGACUGGACGGGGACCGUCAGGGUCAGCUGCCAGGAGACCGGCUACGAGGCCGAGCUCAACUACGCCACGUCGUCCUUCUUGGGACGGUGGUCCAGCUCCAACAACUCCGUCACCGGCAGGAUCUACAAGACGGCGGCGGCGGCGUCGCCGCCGUCCUCUCCUCCUUCCGGUGAUGAGCAUGAUAAGUUGCUCUACACUCUGCAUGGACACUGGAGCAGUGUUGUGAAAAUAAAGGAUCAAAACGGUGGAGGAGAGCGGGUUAUCUACAAUGCCAAAGAAGUGGCCUCCAGAUUGAAAGCUCCAAUUCUCAAGGAUCCACAGAAUGUUUUGCCGACGGAAUCGGCAUCAGUGUGGAGCGAGGUGAGCAGAGCCAUCAUGAGCAGGAACUGGGAGAAAGCCAAGGACGCCAAGAGAGCUGUGGAGGAGGCACAGAGAGAGCUUGCCAAUGCCAGGAGCUCGAGAGGAGAAAUUUGGGCUCCAAAGUAUUUUGCUCCUUCCAAAGGAGACGACGAGCCUUGUGAAUAUUCGCCUCUUGAGGCACUGGUUCCGCCAGCUCCCAUUGUUGUUCCCUCUUAGGCUUUAAUUAGCUACCCCGCCAUUAGCAACAAGCUUUUUCAUUGUGUUAAGAGAAGUACAAAUACAGAAUCGUCAUUGUGUAAUUAUUGUAGAGUACUCUAGUAAUCUGUUAUUUGGGUAUUGUUUAAUUAUCGUGUCUUUUGUUUGAUCAACGAACAUGAGACUAGUUAAUUCAUUAGUUGGGAGAAAAUUGUUAGUAUGUUGAUGUAAGUAGUAGAAGUGAAAUAAAUGGUAUUUAAAAAAAAAAAAGAUUAUUAGUUUAAAGAGUAUGCAACAUUAAGUAGUAUUUCCCUUAUAGCUUAUUGGCA